UCAACUCAAUAAUCAAUACAAUUUUCUUAGUUUACAGAGCAAAUAAUUACUUUCUGUGAUGACUUCACAAGGUCGGGGAGAUGUAUAUAUAUAGUGGGGACAGAGGAGGCUGAGAACCAUCCCCAAACUCACCGGCUACAGACUCUCCAGUAGCAGCCGUUACAGCACCGCUGACAUGAAGAUGGCAAGUAGCAUUGCCCUUCUUGGGCUGGUCCUUCUUGGCUGCCUUUCUGAUCUUGCUGUUGCUCAACAACGGGCCUCCUGCAGCACAUACCUGUCUGGAAUAUCUGGAAAAACCAUGACUAUUGCCUGUCCCCGCAACUACAGCCCCGUCUGUGGAACCAACGACCGAACCUACCCCAAUGAGUGCUCCCUCUGCAAGGAUUUCAUCCGUAACCGUGCCCUUGACAAGAAACACGAUGGAAGAUGCGUUCAGGUCGACUGUACUGGUCACCUGAAGCCUGGCAGUGGUCUGACCAUCCCCUGCACCCAGGAUUACUCUCCCAUCUGUGGCACCAAUGGAGUUACCUACAGAAACAAGUGCCUCUUCUGUAGAGCUGUGGCGAGCGGACUGGAAGUGAAUCUGCAGAGUUAUGGACAGUGCUACCAGCAGCCACAGAACAUUGACUGCACCCAGCAGAAGGGCAUCAACAUCUGCACCUCUGAGUACAACCCCAUUUGCGGUUCCGAUGGCAGAACUUAUGCAAACAAGUGCCAGUUCUGCAGCGCAGUUAACCGCGGCCGUGGAAAUCUGCUCUUCCGCCACCAGGGCGAGUGCUAAGCGCUGGAGCUGGACCCUUCAUCAUGACUUCUCCCUUGCAAAUUCUGCAAUCAAACACACUCUUCCUUGCUCCCUCACCUGUUACGCAUUGGUCUCUGCUUUGAUCGAUCAAUAAAUUAAAUGCAGCCACAAUCUUUGCCAUGGAA